GGACGAAAGCUCAAGAAUUUGGUUCAACAAUCUUGGCCGGCCCGUGGAUACUAGCCUGCAGUGGUGCACCCAAUUAUUGAGAUACGGAGGAGGUCGUUGUGCAACACGGGAAUAUACGUGGCUCUCCGGCCGUGGUAGAGCUAGUGUCUCUCUGCCUGUGAAGAGCACUUACGUCUGUAAUGCUGAGAGCGUCACAAACGAGUCCGGUGUUGACUUGACGUGAACACUCGACGUGCGAUGAGGUAAUGGUGGAUCACGGUAUACCAUCCUCAACCGUGUAUCCUCCGUACAUGCUCGCAAUUCCAUAUUCAGAAGCUGUUCUGUUGGAGCAUGCAACGUGAAAAAAGAACUCAUUUCAGCGUCCAUACCAUGUCUGACUUGCACGUAAUUCGGGGCACUUCAGAAAUCGUAUCAUGCGUAAAUACUGGUUGUUGUCGCACACCCUGUCCCCGUGAGGAACUUCACUGGAUUGACUUCUACAUCUCGCUCAUAGUGGAAGAACCCUAUACCGAUACUACCAUCCCUCAGGCCUCAGGAUUGAUUAACAUACUUACGCUAAAGCGGCUCCAAACUAUCGAGGUUUUUCAAAAACUUUGCUCCAUCUUCAACCGGGUUGUCGUCCAAACUGUCCAUUGCAGGUACCUUCGCGGCCCUCCCUGCUUCUAGUCUGAAGUCGACAUCGACAUACGCUGACCCCCACGAAUGUCCGGUACUCCCCCGCCCACUGUGGCGCUGCACGCCGCGCCUGAGCAGAUUUCGAACUACGAAACGUCGAGUUCCAGUCCGAGUCCUGCACGGAGAAAGCUAGUGCGCGCGCGCGCUGCGAAGCCAACGCUCUCAGAGAGAAUGCAGACGAGGAGUCUGACAUGACCUAUAUUGUCAGAAACAAAGUCCUACGGCCACAUAGAGUCAGCACGAAAUCGAAAUUGAAGGAGGUCGAAUUUUGAGUAGUGGAGAAGAAAACAUUGACUUGGAAGACCAUGUACAGUACUAAGACAGCAUUGAUGAAGAAACAUCUUUGGAUCUG